AUACCUCUUUUCCAUUGCAUCAAGCUACAGUACCAUCAUGUCAGUUGAAGAAUUAAAAAACACUGUUUCCAAGUUACAAGAAAGAAUCCAAUUCUUAGAACAAAAAGCCGGGGUUGUUCCAAAUGUUCCAAAAUCCAUUAGAAUGGUGUUAAUUGGACCACCAGGUGCUGGUAAAGGUACUCAAGCACCAAAUUUGAAAGAAAAAUUCUGUGCCUGUCACUUAGCUACUGGUGACAUGUUGAGAGCUCAAGUUGCUGCCAAGUCUGCUUUAGGUGUUGAAGCCAAAAAGAUUAUGGAUCAAGGUGGAUUAGUUAGUGAUGAAAUCAUGGUUAACAUGAUUAAAUCAGAAUUAGAAAACAAUAAAGAAUGCUCUAGUGGAUUUAUCUUAGAUGGUUUCCCAAGAACUAUUCCUCAAGCUGAAAAAUUGGACAGCAUGUUGGACGAAAGAAAAACUCCAUUACAAAAUGCUGUUGAAUUGAAAAUUGAUGACGAAUUAUUGGUUGCUAGAAUUACUGGUAGAUUAGUUCAUCCAGCUUCCGGUAGAUCUUACCAUAAAUUAUUCAAUCCUCCAAAGAAAGAUAUGAUUGAUGAUGUUUCUGGUGAACCUUUGGUUCAAAGAUCUGAUGAUAAUGAAGAUGCUUUGAAAAAGAGAUUAGUUACCUAUCACAAACAAACCGAACCAAUUGUUGAAUAUUAUAGAAAAACUGGUAUUUGGUCCGGUGUUGAUGCUUCUCAAAAACCAGCCACUGUAUGGGAUGACAUCUUAAAAUGUUUAGGUCAAAAAUAAGUCUACAUGUAC